UGCCGUGAGCCCGUUACCUUGUCCCUGCUACCUAAGGUUGAAGCGUUUGCACAUGAACUCAUUGAAUUUGAGACGACCCAUCCCGUUCCCCCUCAUGAAGAGGAAAAGAUCCCCAAAAUCGGUGGCGCCACCUCCCUCAACGCCUCCACAAACCCAAACCCGCCGCUCCAUUACCACCGCAAAAGCUUCCUUGUGGGUCCCUCUCAAUGUGACACGACAAGAGCUUUCUUUGCCCCUCACCUUCCCCACCGGCCAAACCUUCCGCUGGAAAAACACCGCACCGUCACAAUACACAGGUGUCGUUGGGUCCCACCUGCUAUCCCUCAAGCACCUUCAAAACGGCGACGUUUGCUACUGCCUUCACUCCGAUACAGACUCCGAUGUCACAACUUCAUUGCUUGAUUUCCUGAACGCCAGCGUUUGUCUCGCUGACACGUGGAAGGUGUUCUCGGAUUCCGAUGCAAGGUUCGCUGAGCUGGCACGCCAUUUGUGCGGUGCUCGGGUUCUCAGGCAAGACCCUCUCGAGUGCUUGAUUCAGUUUCUAUGUUCUUCCAAUAACAACAUUUCAAGGAUUACCAAGAUGGUCGAUUACGUUUCAUCUUUAGGAACUUACUUGGGUACUGUUGGGGGUUUUCAGUUCCACGUUUUCCCCACUUUGGAACAGCUUUCAUUGAUCUCAGAGCAACAGCUUAGAAACGCUGGUUUUGGUUACAGGGCUAAGUAUAUAAUUGGCACGUUAAAAGUUUUGCAAUCAAAACCUGGUGGAGGGGAAGAAUGGCUUCUCUCUCUUCGUAAGAUGGAACUUCAAGAUGUUAUAUGUGCCCUUUCUACGUUACCUGGUGUUGGUCCUAAAGUGGCUGCUUGUAUAGCUCUAUUCUCACUUGAUCAGCACCAUGCCAUUCCUGUUGACACCCAUGUGUGGCGGAUUGCCACAAAGUAUCUCUUACCUGAGCUUGCAGGUUCCCAGUUGACACCAAAGCUCUGCAAUCGUGUUGCAGAGGCAUUUGUAACCAGAUAUGGUAAAUAUGCUGGCUGGGCUCAAACUCUUCUAUUCAUAGCUGAAUUACCUUCACAAAAGGCCCUCCUACCUUCACAUCUGUUGACUAUCAAACAGCACAAACCCGCAAAGAUAGAAGACAGUGAAGAAGUUGGUAAGAAAAGCAAUUGUAGUCAGUCAAUCUUGACCUUAUAAAUUAGGCCCUUCGACAUUCAACUUUCUGGCUUCUGCAACAGCAGUUAUUUAAGAUAUUUACCUUUUCCUUUUCUGCUCUAGAGUGAGAUCUACUGAUGGUGUUGCUCUCAGGAUAUAAAAGCACGAGACAUAGGUGAGACAUGCUACUGUCAAGAAUUUAUGAGAUAGAUCAUGGUGGCAAUCACACUGCUGGAUGGAGGAUGAUGUCUAAUCUGCUAGAUGCAGGUUAUUCCAUUAUACAUACUGUUAAAUGAUCGGUGUCUGGCCUUCAUUCUUGUUCUUUGCAUUUUAUUAUUAGCUUCAAAUUGAUCUGUUGUAAUUGAUCAUAUUUGUAUCUUUCUUAUUUAUCAGAAGAGAAAGAAGAAAGAUGUAUUUUUCCACUUCCGAUUUUGCUUUCCAUGUAAAUAAAUA